AAGAAAUAAUAAUUAGGGAAAUGCAUAUAUUACAAUACUUCAAAAAUUAAACAAUACGAGAGACAAUAGAAAUUCUACAACAAUACCCCCUCUUUUUGUAUCCGUUAAUGACCAUAUACUAAAUCGUUUAAUAUGGAAAGAGAAUCGGAACAGAUAAAUAUUUAUUGCUCGGACGGAUACAAAAUUCGAUUGAGCAGAUCCUUUCUAAUUCAAAAUUGUCCCGGGUUCAAUUGGAAACAGUUUAUGGAUCCCACACUAGGGCAGAGCUGCAUACGCGUGAACGUUACGUCUGGUAUCAUGAAUCAAGUGAUCGAAUACUUAACAGACGGAGAAUAUGAAUUUCGGUCUGUCAAAGACGCCACGGACAUUUACGAAAUAAGUGAAAAAAUCGGUAUCGUAAAUUUGGUGGAUCGCUGCCGGGAUUUCCUGAUCGAAGAAAUGAAAGUGGGCAACGUUUGCUUCAUUCACGAUUUCGCCUGCAAACACGAAGAUCUCUUCGUGCAAUUUCAUUGUUGGAAGCUGUUUACCUCGUCUACCGACGAAGUAUUGGAGAGUGAAGACUUCUUAAACUGCGAAGAAUCGACCGUAUCGAGGUUCCUCUCCCGUCCAAUUUACAGAAAUACGAACGAAGUUUCCCUCUUCUUGAAUAUAUAUAAUUGGACGACCAGACGAAUUUCUCGGAGCAAUUUACAGGAAGCGUCCACUUCGAUCGAAAACAGAGAGCUGUAUCGAAGGACCAUGCAGCCCUUCUUCCAUUUAAUUCGAUUUGCGACUAUGUCGCGCUUUAAUUUAGAGAAUGAAGUAUUCAACAAAAACCUAUUGAGCGACGAAGAAGUAGAAGGGUUGAGAAUAUUUGAUGACAGCGUUGCCACCGCUCCACUGCCAUCCACUAUUUGUCAAAAUACUCGAGAUAGAAGAUACCAAUCUCAGUCUUCUCUAUUUACGUAUAAAAAUCGGAGAAAUUUAGAAUUUACUGAAGAAAAACCGUUGCCAAGAUUUAACACGUUCUUCUGCCAAGUUUGGGUAGAAGAAGACUGCUUCGUUACUUGUCUGAGUCUUCCGAUAUAUUUCAAGUCCAUGCCACGAGAAAACGUAAUUCUCACCCGAUUUCUUCCAUCGACUUUCUUCCAUGAAAAGACCAAUCUUUCUAUCUACGGUUCCGGUAGAGUAAUCUUACCCAAACCGUUGUUCCUGAAGGCGAAGUCUGAUACUUUAUUCAAAGUCCUGAUUCAGAACGUCAAUCCACCAUCGUACAGUGACGAAAUGGUUGUGAGAAAAGAAGCUCAUUGUUACGUAACGGAUGACGAUUUUGAGACAAUGACUAAAGACCUGGAAGACUUUCUUGUUUAUGCGAACGGGUGGCGGAAAUUUUAUUUUGACAUAGAUUUGUUUUUUUAAUGCUAUAACUCUGUGAAUUAAAAUUUGGAUUUUAAACAAAAUUCGAUUUUCUGCAUUCUGGUCUACGUCGAUAGAGUGUGUUUGGCAGAAAAUUAUACGAAAUAAAAUAAAAUGAAAUUUAUUUCUUGUUUGGUCUGGUUUGAUGGUAUAAGGCAAAGACAAUCGGAGAGCGAUCUGCCAAUGGGCAUGCCACCCGAGACGAGUUUAUAGAGGUAACUUGCUCAUAUUUAGGUAUUUGACGGGUGAAGUAAACUUUCAUACGUACAACUCUAAGAUAAAAACCUCUGAUCCGUCAAAGUGGCACUACAGAGUUCUAAGAGACUGUAAUUUAAUCAUUAGCGUUCGGUCACCCGUGGUGGUAUUAAGGUGAUUAGACUAAAAAGUCGGGCCCGAGUUAGAUGCUCGGAUGCUUGCAUGCGUAGAUGGAUUGAACCAUCGUCUGGUGAUCCUUUAUUAACCCAUCCUUCCUCGCCUUUUUCGCUCUCGGGUCGAACCCUCUUACUUUGACUUACAGUUUUAGUGCAGCCUGUUCUGCACAUUGAGUCCUCUACGAAAGAGAGGCCAGCUAUUAUAAACGGUCAGCGGGGUCUCCUCCCAUAGAAAGGGAGCCCUGUCCAGUGCGUCCACUGAGCUUAUAGGUCGAAGAGUCCUAUUACAAUUCUCAUCAAUUCUUUUAGUUUCAAUAGGUUCCC